GCCGUGCCCCGAUUGGCUGCUCCGGGAGGAGGCUGCCAUGACACGGUGGAUGCUGCACAGAAUCAGAUCCACAGCAUCAGCAGGCGGCAGACCUCCAUCCUCCUUGUUAUCCCUCUCUCUUUCUCUUUUUUCUCCUCCUUUGCCUCUCCUCCUUUCACCACCACCGUCCUCUCUCUCUUUUUCUCUCUCUCUCUCUCUUCUCUGUCCCGUUCUCCCUCCCUCCCUCCGACAGACAAACGCACAGGCCUGCCGGUGCACACUGCAGCAGAGGGCCGUGUACACACCAGCGGCAGGAGGAGCAGCAGCAGCAGAAGCAGCAGGCGGACUGCCAUCUCCUUCACCAGCCUUUCCAUCCACCCGUCCACUUCACUGCCUUCCGUCUUCCCGCAUCUCAUUUUCUUCUGACACUCACCAUCUUUUUUUUUUUUUUUUUGUCUGAAAAAAAAAAAGAAAGAAGAAGAAAACCUCGGUUUCUUAUCCCGCUCCACUCCCGUCUCCAUCACCUCUUCAUGCCUCUCCUCCUCCUUCCGGUCGGCUGGUUUCCCAGGAUGCCCUGUUCCAGGCCGCUCCGCUAGGCCCCAGCAGCAUGGGCGGAGCCUGGGUGGGGAGAGAGACUACGGAUCGGACCCUUCCCCUCAGGACGGGCGCGCUGGCGGGUCACCCUCCUUCAGCUUCAGAUGGGCGAGGACGCUGAGAGCCCCAAAAUCAACCACACCUUCCUGCGAGACUACGUCACUGAAGCUGAUGUCAUCUCUACAGUGGAGUUCAACCAGACUGGGGACCUGCUGGCCACUGGGGACAAAGGUGGCCGAGUGGUCAUCUUCCAGAGAGAGAUUGAGUCCAAGGGGGAGUCGGAGGAGGCAGGGGAGACGGGGGACUCCGGGGAGUACAAUGUCUACAGCACGUUCCAGAGUCACGAGCCUGACUUUGACUACCUGAAGAGCCUGGAGAUAGAAGAGAAAAUCAACAAGAUCCGAUGGCUGCCACAGCAGAACGCAGCACACUUCCUCCUCUCCACCAAUGAUAAGACCAUUAAACUGUGGAAGGUGAGCGAGCGAGACAAGAGACCGGAGGGGUACAACCUGAAAGAUGAGGAGGGACGGCUCAAGGACGUCUCCACUAUCACCUCUCUGCAGGUGCCAGUGCUGAAACCUACAGAUCUGAUGGUGGAAGUCCGUCCCAGGCGCGUGUUCUCCAACGGACACACCUACCAUGUCAACUCCAUCUCGGUCAACAGUGACGGGGAGACCUACCUGUCCGCCGACGACCUCCGCAUUAAUAUGUGGCACCUGGGCAUCACAGACCGUAGUUUCAACAUCGUUGACAUCAAACCAGCCAACAUGGAGGACCUGACGGAGGUGAUAACAGCGGCCGAGUUCCACCCUCACCACUGCCACCUGUUCGUGUACAGCAGCAGCAAGGGAACGCUGCGCCUCUGUGACAUGAGGGCCUCCGCACUCUGCGACAAACACACAAAACUUUUUGAGGAACCUGAGGAUCCAGGGAGCCGGUCCUUCUUCUCGGAGAUCAUUUCCUCUGUGUCGGACGUUAAGUUCAGCCACAGCGGACGCUACCUGCUGACCAGGGACUACCUCACCGCCAAGGUGUGGGACCUGAAUAUGGACAAAGGACCAGUGGAGACGUACCAGGUCCAUGAAUAUCUAAGAAGUAAGCUGUGUUCCCUCUAUGAAAACGACUGCAUCUUUGACAAGUUUGAGUGCGUCUGGAACAGCUCAGACAGCGUGAUCAUGACGGGCGCGUACAACAGCUUCUUCCGGAUGUUCGACAGGGAGACGGGCCGCGGCGUGACCCUGGAGGCGUGGCGGGAGAGCAGCAAGCCGCGGGCCGUGCUGCGCACCCGCCGUGUGUACACGGGCGGCAAGCGUCGCCGCGGCGACGUGGGCGUGGACAGCCUGGACUUCACCAAGAAGAUCCUGCACAUGGCCUGGCACCCGUCCGAGAACAUCAUCGCCAUAGCGGCCACCAACAACUUGUACAUCUUCCAGGAUCGCGUCAACCCCGAGACGCAGGCGCAGUGACGGGGGCGCGGAGGGAUGGUGGUGGUGUUUUCGUCCGGCCGUCGCAGCAUACGCGCGAGCAGUGACUCAAAUUGGACGGAUUGGAUGUUUUAGAGAAGGCGCGGGAAGAUGAGAUGAGAUUAUUUAUCCAAUUCGAUUGUUUGAUCCCAGAGCCACGUGUAUAAUCAUGUUUCAACACCGAGAUAAACCGACAUCUCUAGUCCCCAUCAGGACCUUUUUUUUUUUUGUUCUGCACUCCCACUUUUUGAAGAUGUUUAUGUAACUUCCCAACUGUAGGGGCAGUGCAAGAGGUGCAGGGACACCUCUCCAUCUGCAGUGACUCAGUGCUGUUGGUCACACAGUGUUACACUAAUAUACUCUCACACGAAAUGGAAGAUACGCACUAGGUAGAAGGAAAACACACACAGGGCCUCGGGGUGGAUGACUUCAUCAGACAGUGCAUCUAAAUCUAAGUCGCCACUGUGGAGCAUUAGCAGUGAUGUUACCGUGCAGAUCUGCAAGGCAACCCUUUGUCGGGCGACAACAGCAACCGAAUCUCUCCUUUCGAGCAGUGCUCCUGGAGAUCGCACAUGUUAACCGAUCUAUGUUAUUUGCCCCCCCCACCCGUUCACUUUGCAAUAAUAGCACUAACAGAAAACAGUGGAACGGUAUUCCUGCUUUAAAAACAGCUCUUCUUCUACAGGUAACAUAAAUGUAUUCACUCUUUUUACCGUUGGCUGUAAAUAGUCUGUGUUCUUUUUUUUUUAAGGUGGUACCAAAUUUUGGUU